AUGGCGUACCAACGAUGUCAGACCACCACCUUCCAGCCCUGCGAUAGUUUCUUCGUCGAAACCUAUGACCAGGAAUAUGCACAGCCACAGCAGCCACAACAAUCACACCCCCAGCUGGGGCCGAAGGAACAGGCUAAGCUUCUGGCAAGGGAACGUCAGUACGCAAUGGCGGACCAGAUGUCACGGAUUGCCACGGACGAGUAUCAGGAAGACAUUCUGUCACACAUGCACAUGAUGGACAAUGCCACUCAGCCUGACGUCGAUUCAAUAGACAUUCAGACUGAGAUCCAGUGGUUCAUGCGGCCGUAUCUACUCGACUUCCUCAUCGAAGCCCAUGCUGCAUUCCAAUUGCUACCUGCCACCUUAUACUGCUCGAAACGAGUUGUCUAUAAGAGACACUAUCAAUUGGUCGGAUGUGCGGCUCUGCUCAUUGCUGCCAAGUAUGGCGAUAAGAAGGAUCGUGUGCCAACAAUCAAGGAGCUCAAGUCCAUGUGCUGUUCGCUGUACGAUGACGAUAUGUUCGUUCAGAUGGAAUGGCAUGUCCUGCAAACACUCGGCUGGUCCAUUGGUCACCCAACCGUCGACAGCUUCCUUCAGAACGCCGUUGUCGACACGCCUUACGAUCCAGAGGUCGAACAUCUCGCCUUGUACAUUGCUGAGAUAUCUCUCUUCCACCGGGACUUUGUCUCCAAACUGUCGUCUGAUAUUGCCAGAGCUUCACUUGCUCUGUCUCGCUGCAUACUAAACAGACCACAGGCCCCUCAGUCAGACUGGGCGGCUAACUACGACUCACUAACCCUAGUCAGCUUAUCCCAGUACCUGCAGAAGCCGUCACAUGUCCUGGCCAGAAAGUACUCAUCGGCUCAUUACUCGCGUGCAUCGAAGCUUCUUGAACAAUUCCUUGCUCGCCAGGAGUCUAACAACAAGCCAUACAACCCACCAACCCCUCCAAUCGACCGUAUGUGUGAAUCCAAGGCACCAUACGAGGGUGAGGCAGGAUUGGCCACUCCACAAAAGGCACAGUACUCGACCGUAUCACAUGGAUACAUCACCCCACCCAUCACGCCGGAGAAUGAUGCAUUUGGUGUCUCGGGAAACCCAAAUAUAGCAAAGGAUGGAGGCACGAUGUUAUACAACUGCCCGCCGUCACCUACACCCGCGCCAACCAUGCAGUAUACAACUCAGCAUUAUGAAAUGACCGAUGCAGCCGCCUACUCGCAUCACCGUCUCUUCCCACAACCACCGACACAAACCUUCAAUCCUGUGUUUUGA